CAUUUCUGUGAGCCAGUGAAAAAAUAAUAGGUGUAAUAAAAAGGUGCAUCUAGUCAGUUUAUUUUUUGUGAGUGGAUUUAUGUUACACUCGAAAAAUGGCGAACGGACUAGUUGAGGAUUAUUUGAGAGAGCCACCUCCGAGUGAAGGCUUCUGGUGGAAGCCUAAAACGAAACGACAAAGAAACAUAAGUAUAGGAACAACGGUAUUCCUAUUUUUGGUACUGGCUACGUGUUUGUUCUAUUUCGCAGUUUCUAAUAGGUACAGCGAAUGCAAGACGGUAACUUGCAAAGAAGUAGCAACCGAGAUCAUCAAACGUAUUGAUAGGAAUAUACAUCCAUGUCAGGAUUUCUAUAGAUUUGCUUGCGGAAAUUACAUUAGAAAUGUGGAUGUUAGAGAUCGUGGACUUUCUAUCGAGGAAUAUGCCAGAGAAGAAACAAGCGUUAAAAUAAGAAGUCUAUUGGAAGAAGACCUAACGCCAAACAACCCAAAGCUCUUAACGUUAGCAAAAAAGCUGUACCGUUCUUGUAUGGACGAGAGUGCCAUAGAAACUCAAGGGACGAAAGAGAUCUUCCAGAUCUUCAAAUACAUUGGCGGAUGGCCAGCCGUGGAAAGAGGACCUUGGACAGAAGAAAACUACAACUGGGUGGAGGCUAUACAUCGGUUGAGAAAGCUAGGCAUAGACUAUGACGUCUUUUUCAGAGUUUCGGUUGCGAAGGAUAGGCACAAUGAUAUGAAGUACAUUUUUGGUAUUCACGAUAUGUCGUACAGUCCUUCAGACCUUAGCCAAGCUGACAGAAAACUCUAUCUAAACUACAUGGUUGACAUAGCUACGAUGUUUGGGGCAAACAGAUACACAGCAACGCAACAUUCUGAAGAAGUACUCAACCUUUUUCUGGUACUGGCAAGCAUAUCGAAAAGCUCUGUUACAAAUAACAGAACGAACAUGUACGAAAAAUACUCAAUAUCGGAGCUACAAUAUCACUACGAGUACUUAAACUGGGCUCAAUACAUCAAAGGGAUUGUAGGUGAUCUAGUCCCGAUAAGGUUUGAAGAUGAAGUGGUCCUAACUGAUCCAGAUUACUUGAUCCAGCUGGAGAAGUUAUUGAGCAGAACACCAAAAAGGACCCUCGCAAAUUUUAUAGCUUGGCAUACGGUCCAGUACCUAAUAAAUUUCCUGCCAACGAGGAUCCUCGACAAGGCGUACGACUUUCUGGCGCGGUUCAACGCCGGUCACGCAAUCAAACCGUUCAGGUGGAAAAUGUGCGUGAAAACGGUCGAAGACAGGUAUGUUUUUUAUCGUAUUACGAGGGCUCUUUCAAAAAUAGAGUUCUCAACACUGCAACUUUGAAUCGAGUGUUGCUAGGCGAAAUAUGGCAACACCGCCGUGUUUGUCCGAUCCCAAUAAGAAGCGCUCAGAGCUGGCCUGACAGUCAGGCGCGAAAUUUGUGCGAUCAUCGGAUUUUUGUUAUUAUUAUUAUUUAUCACUUGGCGUUCCCUUUCCUUGGGUAGAGAUCACUUUUCUUACCGAGAAUAAACCAUACUACUAAGGCAGGCUGGAUUCUGUUAUUGCUGCGGUAUUCAUCCGACGAUUUUUGGACGCAAAGAUUAGAGACGACGUCGUUCACCUAAUCAAAAACGUCAAAGACACUUUCAAAGCAAACUUGUUGGGACUAGAAUGGUUUGACAGGCAAACGAAAGAGCUGAUUCUGUCAAAAUUGCUGACGAGUAUCGAAAAAGUCGUGUCCGUUGGAGACUUGAUGGAUCUGGAAAUUGAUAAUGAGAGGACAUUUUACAAUGUCAAUAUUUCCAACCAUUCCUUCAUGGCAUCGGCUUUAUAUUUGGACCAUAUAAAGCAUGAUAAACUUUUCAUGAAGUUGAUACAUCCUGUCGAUGACCACAUGUUUGCAAAUACAGGUUUCAUCACUGGCACCAAGAUCAAAUACUUGCCGAAGAAGAAUGUUCUAAUAUUCCCGAUCGGCAUAUUCGAGGGGAUUUUCUACCGUCAUGACAGGCCGUCGUACAUGAACUACGCCAUAUUGGGUUCGCUCGUGGGUCACGAAGUGUCACAUAUCUUUAUGCGCGCCAAACAUGGCCUGCCGCCUUCUGAAUGGGAGUUGAGGAGUUUCUGGACGCCCAGCAGUCUGGUCAACUACCAGGAGAAGUUGCAUUGUCUGGCCGAGCAGUACGCGAAGUUGCACGGUGACAGGAAGUUAUCGAGUCAGAACGCCCUGAAAACCGGGGACGAGGACAUGGCAGAUUUAGCAGGGAUGGAAAUCUCUUACGAUACUUACCUAAACCUCAUUAAGGAAAAUGGAGCGGAACCGACGCUGCCAGGUUUGAACUACUCUACAGCACAACUCUUCUGGAUAUCGUCAGCAAUGCACCAUUGUUCAAGGUAUCCGUACAGCGAAAGGGACAUGGAAAACUUCGGUUGGUCUCCUGUGGAACUGAGAGUCAAUGGACCGUUGCAAAAUAUCAAGGAGUUUGCCGAAGAUUUCGGAUGUGCUGCUGGAUCUAAGAUGAAUCCUAGCACAAAGUGUGACAUUUGGUAGAGAAUAAUUUAUGGUUUUGUUACAAGUGCCUAGUAAAUGGUUUUACUAAUCAA